GGCGCUGCCGGGCGCGCCGGGCUGGCUGCUGAGGUGGCCGUCGCCGGCUCCGAGCUGCGGCUCCCCGGGUGGAGCGCCCGAUGGAGGCCGAGGCCGCGGACGCCGCUCCGGGCGGAGUCGAGGCGGCGCUCAGCUGCUUCUCUUUCAACCAAGACUGCACAUCCCUAGCGAUUGGAACCAAAGCUGGUUACAAGCUGUUUUCUUUGAGUUCUGUGGAGCAGCUGGACCAAGUCCAUGGGAAUAACGAAAUCCCCGAUGUCUACAUCGUGGAGCGCCUCUUCUCCAGCAGCCUGGUGGUGGUGGUCAGUCACACAAAACCACGGCAGAUGAACGUGUAUCACUUUAAGAAAGGCACGGAGAUCUGCAACUACAGCUACUCCAGCACCAUCUUGUCCAUAAAGCUGAACCGGCAGAGGUUGCUGGUUUGCCUGGAAGAGUCCAUUUAUAUCCACAACAUUAAGGAUAUGAAGCUGCUGAAGACCCUCCUGGACAUCCCUGCAAACCCGACAGGUCUGUGCGCGCUCUCUAUCAACCAUUCCAAUUCCUACCUGGCCUAUCCUGGAAGCCAGACGACAGGCGAGAUUGUGCUUUAUGAUGGAAACUCCCUGAAAACAGUCUGCACCAUCGCUGCCCACGAGGGGACACUGGCUGCCAUCGCCUUCAACUCCUCGGGCUCCAGGCUAGCAAGCGCAUCAGAGAAAGGUACAGUCAUCCGGGUCUUCUCGGUACCUGACGGGCAAAAGCUCUAUGAGUUCCGCAGAGGAAUGAAAAGGUACGUGACGAUCAGCUCUCUGGUUUUCAGCAUGGACUCCCAGUUCCUGUGCGCCUCCAGCAACACGGAGACCGUGCACAUCUUCAAGCUGGAGCACCUCACCGACAGCCGCCCAGAAGAGCCUUCCACCUGGAGUGGCUACAUGGGAAAGGUGUUCAUGGCUGCCACCAACUACCUCCCCGCCCAGGUGUCGGACAUGAUGAACCAGGACAGGGCCUUUGCCACCGGCCGCUUGAACUUCUCUGGGCAGAAGAACAUCUGCACACUCUCCACGAUCCAGAAAUUGCCCAGGCUGCUGGUCGCCUCCUCCGAUGGCCACCUUUACAUCUACAACCUGGACCCUCAGGACGGUGGAGAGUGCGUCCUCAUCAAGACCCACAGCUUGCUUGGCUCAGGAACCACAGAUGAGAACAAAGAAAAUGACCUCAGACCUGCCUUACCUCAGUCUUACGCAGCGACUGCAGCCAGACCAAGCGCCUCUGCGGCCUCCACUGUGCCAGGUUACUCGGAGGACGGCGGGGCGCUCCGUGGAGAAGUGAUUCCAGAGCACGAGUUUGCGACGGGGCCAGUGUGUCUCGAUGAUGAGAAUGAGUUUCCCCCUAUAAUCUUGUGCCGUGGAAGUCAGAAGGGCAAAACGAAGCAGUCCUGACGAGAAGCGCACCUCAGAAGUCAGGACACCCCCUGUCGGGUGGUUUUGGCGAAAUCAAAGAAGGUGGAAGAAUGCGGUGCAGUUGUGUGAGCGGAGAGGGGGGCAGGAGUCCGGGCGCUGUGCGGCCGACCCCUCCCCGGCACCUGUGGGUGCCUGCAGCCCAGCCUCCUCGCCAUGCCUUUCAAGUACCUGCCAACUACAGUGUAAAUGCUAACUAACCAUAUUGGUAUAUAGCCGAAAGUUUGUAUUAAAAAGGGGAUCCUUUUUAAAUAUAUACUGCAUAAAAACGAAGUGUACUUACAGGAAAAACUCUUUGAAUUGUAUAUUACAUUCAUAUAGAAAGAUUAUUUUAGUCAGGCAAAGUAUUUUUGCAGUGAUUGGAAUAAAUCAUUUAUUACCUUUGAGUCCCAUUUAGGACACUAAUAAAAUAUGGCAAGGCAUG